GUUCAGUUUUGAAGUUUAACUGAUUCACUUAGCGCGCGAAAAUUAAAAACUGUCACGUGGGCAAUUGGGAAACGUCAAGUCUCAACAUGAAUAUGCACCUUAAGGAAAUCAUCUGGUUAUUCAUCAAGGAAGUCUGUGAUCUGUGUCUUUAGAGUUUCUGUAAUUUUUUGUGUAAUAAAUUUUAUAUUUGAAAAAAAUAUUAUUAAAAGAUGGAAAGAGCUUACACGUUUACUAAAAAACAUAAAGUUUUGUAUGAGUGGAAAAUAAAUGAAAUGAAGUCUCGUAUAAAAAAUACAGGAACGGAGGAUAGUCUUAUUUUGGUCUCACCAAAAUUUUCAACGGGAGCCAAAAUUAAAGAUACUUGGUCAAUUGAAUUAUAUUUUAACAAUGCUAAUAAAAGGAGUAAUUUACAAGACGAAUUAUCAAUAUAUCUAACAAAUUUACAUACCUGCAAUGUGACAGCCACAGUUACAUUUUUUAUUUUGAAUAACAAUCAAGAAAGAGUUUCAAUCAAAGACUACUACCACAAUUUUCAGCCAAAUAAAUCCUGGGGUUGUGGAGAAUAUAUAGAAAAAAGAAAAAUAUUGAGAGAAGAACAUGAACUGAUACCUAAUAAUACUUUAACGGUAUGUGCUGAAGUUAUUGUUUGCGACGACGAUAUUACUUUGACAAUUGAAAACCAGUUUAACAUUUCAAACAAUCAAAUGAUAGCUGAUUAUAGAGAGCUCUAUAACAGCAAAGUCAACAGCGAUGUUACUGUGAUCAUCGCGGAUAAAGAAUUCCAGGCUCAUAAAAUAAUUUUAAGUGCACGCAGUCCUGUUCUCGCUGCAAUGUUUGCUCACGAUAUGGUCGAAAAAAAAUCUAAUCAAGUCUCUAUACCGGACAUCACGCCUGAGACAUUCGAAAACCUUCUGCAUUACAUCUAUACUGAUGAAGUCACAGACCUAGAUGCUGUUGCUGGUGAUUUAUUAGAGGCAGCGGAUAAGUACCAACUGCCAUCACUCAAAGAAAAGUGCGAGGAGUCACUCAGCAGAUCUCUGAAUUGUGAAAAUGCGGGGGAAAUAAUGGUUCUGGCAGAUCGUCACAAUGCUAAAAAAUUGCUGGACUACGUCAUCAAGUUUAUAGCCAUCAAUGCGUCAGAUGUUACAAAAAGUGACGGAUUUAAAAAAAUAGAAGAAUUAAAUUCUUCUUUGGGAUUCGAAUUGUUCAAAAAACUCGCGGAUCUAAAUAGUCAAGACAACCAAACUAAAAUUACUCAUUCAUGUUGAUGCCAUGCAAGCGGAAAAUAAUUCAGUAAUAAUUUGAAACUUUAAUAAUUUUUAAUAAAUAUUUUUAUAUAUAUUAAUUUUCUAAAAAGUUACUCUACAUUCAAAUUAAGUAUUUUUUUGAUAAUUCAGGUUAUAAAUCGUUUACCUAAUAUUGAUUAAUUAGCCAAUAAAAAGUAUUACGAA